AAAUAAUCCAGUUUAUUGUUUCCUGAGAGCCGCCGCUGAAACUUUAUCCAAAUCCGAAAAUCUCUCGUUAAAAAACCAAACUUUUCCCUCUCGUCUCCAAAUAUACACGUUCGUUGAGUUGGAUUCGGAAUCGGAAUCCGUUUCUAAAACGACUUCGUUUUCUUCUCUCCCGUUUUCCCUCUGUUAAAAGCCUUCGUCCCCCUCUUCUUUCCGUCUCAAACAAUGAGCGUCUUCUUCUCCUCUCCUUGUUUCUGAUUUUUUUUGUCUUUCAAGAACGAGUCUUCUGUUUGAUUUUAUUUGGUCUGCGAUCAAAUAGAAGACUUGUUUUUGAUUUUCGAGGCGAAUUACAAAUGGGUUUGAUUAUUCGCGAAAGUGAUUAUGAAGACAAGAACGACGGCGUUUUGCUUCCGCCCGCGAAUUUUUCUAUGGUUGAAGACGGCAUUUUCAGAUCUGCUUUCCCUCAACCCCACAAUUUCCCUUUCCUUAAAUCUCUAAAUCUCCGAUCGAUCAUAUAUUUGUGCUGUGAGCCAUAUCCACAAGAGAAUUUGGAGUUUCUUCGUGCUAAUAAUAUUAAACUAUUACAAUUUGGAAUUGAGGGGAAGUCGGAGCCUUCUGUAUCUAUGCCCAGGGAUACUAUCAUGGAGGCUCUAAAAGUCUUAAUUGAUGUAAGGAAUCAUCCAAUUCUGAUUCAUUGCAAUCGGGGAAAGCAUCGGACUGGUUGUCUUGUUGGUUGCUUUAGAAAACUGCAAAAUUGGUGCUUGGCUUCUGUGUUUGAGGAAUAUAGACAUUUUGCUGGUGUGAAAUGGAGGAAUUCUGAUCUGCAAUUUAUGGAGAAGUUCGAUGUGACAUGCCUGAGGCAGUGUCUGUACAGCAUUAUCUACCAGUACCAUGGAUACGGUUCAAACAAGAGGCGUUUACUUUAUAGAGAAGAGAAUAUACAGAAGCCUCAGAUCAAGUCAAAUUAGGAAUCACCAUUUUAGUUUGGUUCCUAACCACAACCAUUCUAUUACAUUUGCAAAUGAUUUUAUUUGUCCAAACAUUAUCCAUUUGUACUCUGUUUCAUUUAUUUCCCCUUUUAUUUUCUUCCAUAUGUGCAAGGAGAGGGGCAUUGCCAAUUUGCAUUGCCAGUGUGUAUUUCUGUACUAUAAUAUCAAACUUCAGUUUCUGUGUUCA